AUGGCGGACGAAGCAGCAACAACGGCAAACUCAACUGAUGAGACAAUUGUUUGUUAUGCACCGACGAUGAUAACAACAAACGGUAUCUGGCAGGGUGAUAAUCCACUGGACUAUUCCCUACCACUCUUUAUAUUGCAAUUAACGUUGGUUGUGGUUGUCACUCGUAUUCUUGUUUACAUCUUGAAACCCCUUCGCCAGCCCCGUGUGAUCUCUGAAAUUCUUGGUGGAAUAAUAUUGGGUCCAUCGGUACUAGGACAAAGCACUAAAUUCGCAAAUGCAGUUUUCCCCCUCAGAAGUGUGAUGGUGCUCGAGACAAUGGCAAAUAUAGGUCUUCUUUAUUUCCUUUUCCUAGUUGGAGUAGAAAUGGACCUUGCCGUGAUCCGUCGUACUGGGAAAAAGGCCUUGGCAAUUGCUGUCGCUGGCAUGAUACUACCUUUUCUUAUUGGUACUUCAUUUUCCCUUAUGUUGCACCAGAAAUCACAGUACAUGAAGCAGGGCACUUUCAUACUAUUUCUUGGAGUUGCUCUUUCUGUUACUGCAUUUCCAGUGCUUGCGAGAGUCCUAGCAGAGCUUAAACUUCUUAACACGGAGAUAGGUAGAAUCGCCAUGUCGUCCGCCCUGGUGAACGACAUGUGUGCAUGGAUUUUAUUAGCUUUUGCAAUUGCCCUGGCAGAGAAUGCAUCCGUGUCCUUAGCUUCCGUUUGGGUGAUCCUGUCAAGUUCUGCUUUUGUGCUUUUCUGCAUAUUUGCAGUUAGGCCUCUUAUUUCAUGGAUGAUACGACGAACCCCAGAAGGUGAAACCAUCAGUGAUUUCUUCAUAUGCCUAAUUCUUACUGGAGUGAUGAUAUGUGGUUUUAUUACUGAUGCCCUUGGGACACAUUCUGUUUUUGGAGCAUUUGUGUUUGGCCUAAUUAUCCCAAAUGGACCUAUCGGUUUAACGCUUAUAGAAAGGCUAGAGGACUUCGUUUCAGGACUUCUGCUUCCUCUUUUCUUUGCUAUUAGCGGGCUCAAGACAGAAAUUAGUACAAUCAAAGGAGUGGGAACAUGGUGUAUUCUCUUUCUGGUCAUAGUUCUUUCUUGUGCUGGGAAAAUUGCUGGCACACUUCUCGUCGCUCUCUACUACAAGAUGCCAUUUUAUGAAGGUCUAACUCUUGGCUUUCUCAUGAACACUAAGGGCCUCGUGGAAAUAAUCAUCCUCAAUGUUGGCAAAGACCAAAAGGUCUUAGAUGACCAGUCUUUUGCAAUCAUGGUAAUUAUAUCAGUGGUUAAAACAUCAAUCAUCAUACCAAUUGUUACACUAAUUUACAAGCCAGCAAGAAAGUUUGCACCCUACAAGAAGAGAACAGUUCAGAGAUCAAAACCAGACAGUGAGUUCCGAGUACUUGUAUGCGUCCAUACUCCUAGAAAUGUCCCGACAAUAAUCAACCUCCUUGAGGCAUCUCACCCAACCAAAAAAUCUCCAAUAUGCAUAUAUGUCCUGCACCUGGUUGAACUUUCAGGCCGUGCAUCAGCAAUGCUAAUUGUCCACAACAGCCGAAAAUCGGGCAGACCAGCCCUCAAUCGAGCUCAAGCACAAUCAGAUCAUAUUAUCAACGCAUUCGAAAAUUUUGAGCAGCAUGCUGGCUGUGUUUCAGUCCAACCUCUGACAGCAAUCUCUCCUUACUCCACGAUGCAUGAAGACAUCUGCAAUUUAGCGGAGGAUAAAAGGGCUGCAUUCAUUAUAAUCCCUUUUCACAAGCAACAAACAGUUGAUGGAGGGAUGGAAUCAACCAAUCCAGCUUUUAGAACUAUCAAUCAGAAUGUUUUAGUCAAUGCACCUUGCUCAGUUGGUAUUCUUGUUGACAGAGGCCUUAGCAGCUCCACAAGGUUAGCAGCAGGCCAGGUUUCUCACCAUGUUGCCAUACUAUUCUUCGGUGGUCCGGAUGAUCGAGAAGCCUUGGCAUAUGCAUGGAGGAUGAGUGAGCAUCCAGGGAUUAAUCUAACUGUGAUGCGGUUUAUUCCAGGGGAAGAAACAGCUGAACCGUCAUCCUCAUCAGGGCGGAGAGGGGAAGCCAGUGCUCCUGGAAUAUUAACGGUGGUAACAGAUGAUGAUAGAGAAAAACAACUAGAUGAGGAUUACAUAAAUCAGUUCAGGAGCAGAACAAUGCAUGAUGAUUCUAUAGUUUACACGGAAAGAGUGGUGAGAAAUGGUGAAGAAACGGUAGCAGCAAUUAGAUCUAUAGACAGCAUUCAUGAUUUAUUCAUCAUUGGACGAGGACAAGGCACGGUAUCACCAUUAACGGCGGGGCUUACUGAUUGGAGUGAGUGCCCCGAACUUGGUGCGAUAGGGGAUUUAUUAGCGUCAUCAGAUUUUGCUACCACGGUUUCGGUGCUGGUGGUGCAACAAUAUGUAGGGAUGGGUGUACAUGGGGAUAUGCUUGGAGUUCAAGAUAGCCCAAAUGAGCAGCCUGAGCAUUUUAUAUACAAUCAUACGAGUCGACGGCCGCCACUGCCAAGAGGGCCGGAGCUGUUCCAUUCACAACCUUGA